UGUUCAGGAUAGGUAUUAAGCACUUGUUACUGUAUAGUGUAUUGUAUCGCUUGGAUAUUGGAUUAGGACCCACCAACUUCAUAGAUUAUAUCAUAGUAAAAUAAUUUAAUUUUUUUAGAAUUUAAUAUUAUAUUGUAGUUUUUAUUUUAACAAAUACUACAAUAAUGAAAUAAAAUAACUUUGUUGUUAACAUUUAUUUAUUUUAUUUAAUUAUUCAGUCUAGGCAUUUUGUGUAUUACAAAUUGUUUAUUUAAAAAUUCUUUUCAUUAAAUCAUUAAAUUUUAGAGAUGAGGAGGUUUUUGGUUCAUAGAACAAGUAAUGAGAAAGUGAAUGUUAAGCAACCAAAAGCCGAAGUAGAAGAAACACCCUCUAAUGUGGCAAUUGAGCUUAAUCCAAAUGAGAUUGUGUGUGAUCUAGGAUGUAGGAAACAAAUUAUGAGUAUGCUUCGGAUAUUCAAGACCAAGUGAGAAGGACAUAUAUAUUGAAGGGUCCAACGCAACCAUAUUUAGCAAGGUUUCCUCGUACUCAAUUUGGGAAGUCUUCAAGAGCAUUUUGUAAAGCAUGGUAUAAGAAUUAUACAUGGAUUGAAUAUCAGUGAGUCGAAGGAUGCAACUUAUUAUUUCUAUUGCUUUCUGUUUAAGCCGCCCGGGAGGGCCGAACACUUUGGUUAUGAAGUCUUCAACAAAGACGGAUUUAAAGAUUGGAAGCAUUCAUCUAAAGGCUUGAAAUAUCAUCUUGGUAGUCAUGAUAGUAAGCACAACUCAUAUAUGAAGCACUAUGACGAUUAUAAUAAUCAAAGACAAAGUGUGACAAGUAUUUUUGCUAGAGCAACUAGGGAAUUAGAAGAAUUGUAUAAGAUCCGUUUGACUUGUUCUUUAGAUUGUACUAGAUAUCUCAUAGCACAAGGCAUUGCUUUCCGUGGCCAUGAUGAAAGCUCUACUUCUCUAAACAAGGGAAAUUUUAGAGAGAUGGUCGAUUGGGUAAAAUCUAAUGAUGAAAAAGUGAGAGAUGCUUUUGAUUGUGGUCCAAAAAAUUGCACAAUGACUUCCGGUGACAUUAAAAAGGAGCUUGCAACGUGUUGUGAACAUGAAGUUACCAAGGUGAUUAUGGAAGAGAUUGGUGAUAGACAAUUCUUUGUGCUUAUUGAUGAGUCACGUGAUAUAUCUGUCAAAGAACAAAUGACGGUGAUGUUGAGGUUCUUGAACGACAAAGGGAAAGUUGGAGAGCAAUUUAUUUCUCUACAUCAUGUCAAAUAUACUACAUCAGAGGCACUAAAGGAUGCUCUUUAUGGUAUUCUUGAUCGUCACACGUUAUCUAUUUCAAGGAUACGAGGGCAAGGAUAUGAUGGGGCUUCAAAUAUGAGAGGUGCAUCUUGCAAGAGAAAUGAUGCUUUGAAGGAGGCACAACACCAAGAUAUUUUGAAUAGACUUGCGAGUGGUGAGAUAUCUCAAGGAAAGGGCUUGCACAAAUCAUCUAGUCUCGCUUGA